AUUCAUUAGGACUGGGAGGUUGCCGGAGGAGCCCAGCUGAGUUUCAAGAUAUAAAAGCAACUUCGGGUGCCCCAUCUGCAGCCGGGACGUAUUAAGAGUCUGGAAGCUGGGCAGCUCCUGGCGUCGCGGGACUAGCUUCCCCUUCCCUCCUUUCUGACCCUCCCUCCUCCCGCCCACCGCUCCCUCCUCCCCCAGCGCCCUCCAGCCUCCCCGCGCCCCGGGAGCUCGCGGACAGCCUUCCAGGAUUAUGGAGUUUCUAAGUGAGAAAUUUGCCCUUAAGAGCCCGCCAAGUAAAAACAGUGACUUUUACAUGGGCACAGGAGGCGCGUUGGAGCACGUUAUGGAGACGCUGGACAAUGAUUCCUUUUACGGCAAAGCGACGGCAGGCAAAUGCGUGCAGGCCUUCGGGCCGCUGCCGCGGGCUGAGCAUCACGUGCGCCUGGACAGGACCUCGCCCUGUCAGGACAGCAGCGUGAACUAUGGCAUCACGAAAGUGGAAGGACAGCCCCUUCACACGGAGCUGAACCGAGCAAUGGACAGCUGCAACAACCUUAGGAUGUCUCCCGUGAAAGGAAUGCCAGAGAAGGGUGAGCUGGAUGAACUUGGGGACAAAUGUGACAGCAAUGUAUCCAGCAGCAAAAAGAGGAGGCACCGAACUACAUUCACCAGUUUGCAGCUGGAGGAGCUGGAGAAGGUCUUCCAAAAAACCCACUACCCGGAUGUAUACGUCAGAGAACAGCUCGCACUGAGAACGGAGCUCACUGAGGCCAGGGUCCAGGUUUGGUUUCAAAAUCGAAGGGCCAAGUGGAGAAAAAGAGAACGUUAUGGCCAAAUACAGCAAGCUAAAAGCCAUUUUGCUGCGACCUAUGACAUAUCAGUUUUACCAAGGACUGACAGCUACCCACAGAUUCAGAACAAUUUGUGGGCAGGAAAUGCAAGUGGUGGUUCUGUGGUUACGUCAUGCAUGUUACCACGUGACGCGUCCUCCUGCAUGACACCUUAUUCUCACUCGCCUCGGACAGAUUCCGGUUACACGGGGUUUUCAAACCACCAGAAUCAGUUCAGCCAUGUGCCCCUCAACAAUUUUUUCACUGACUCUCUUCUCACGGGGGCUACCAACGGACAUGCGUUUGAAACAAAGCCAGAAUUUGAAAGGAGGUCUUCCAGUAUUGCUGUCCUGAGAAUGAAAGCCAAGGAGCACACCGCCAAUAUUUCAUGGGCCAUGUAACAUACAGUACUCUUUUAUUUUUCUUUUCAUAGCAAAGUAAAAACAUUCUUAUUUUUCAUAUUUAAAGGGUACCACAAUAAGCUGCUGUGUGUGGAAGGGCUAAAGGUCAAGAUAUACGGUGAGACCAGCUUACAUGAAUGAUUGUUAUUAUUUAACAUUAAAAUCCAAGAAUGGACCCCUGAAAGGACGAAAUAGGUUUAGCAUGCACCAGCCUCCACAAACUCUGUUUUAGUAGUAAGGUU